CCGGGUUGGGCAGUGAAUGGGGGAAGUACGGGUGCUGCAGAAUUUGUGGGCUGCCAAUCGGGAUUUGCAAGCACAUCUGGAAGGAUACUGGGGGCUCUACGAACCUGUGUGUUAAUUCUUGGUGGCCGCGGGACAAUACUUGUGCUCGCCAUCGCACCAGCUUCUACUACACUUAUGGGACUCGCCACGUCACCAAGAAUUAACACACUGCAGUGCUGGUAUGUAGACCAGGAUGUACUAGACUGCUGGUGCUUGCCAGUGCACCAAAAGGUAGCGCGGCACUAGUACUGGCACUCUGCUGCAUAUGAGAGUCAUCAACAUUU